GGUCUGAGGGGGAGUCCAGUUGGAUCUCUGAGCUGUUGACUAACAGACGAUCAAUGUCUCAAAGGUUGCUGUGAUGUUUCAGUGCUCUGCCGGACACUGACCUGAGUUCAGCUCAAACUACGCUCAUUAGUCAGUCGGAGCGCACGGACUCUACCUACUCAGAAUGAGGGCUUCUGAUUGGCUGUUGGCUCUGGCGUUCCUGCCGCUUGUCUCUGCCGCCCAUCCGGACAUCUGUAGCGCCAAACCCAGAGACCUUCCCCUGGAGCCACGCUGCAUCUACCGCAGCCCCGACCCCGAGGACCCCGAGGUCCCAGAGGGCCCGACCCCGGAGCCGGAGGCGGUCCCCGAAUCCACCAACCCCCGAGUGUGGGAGCUGUCGAAGGCCAACGGCCGGUUCGCCCUGUCGCUGUACAAACAGCUGGCCCUCAGCAAGACCCCCGACUCGAACAUCUUCAUGUCCCCCAUCAGCAUCUCCACCGCGUUCGCCAUGACCAAACUGGGAGCCUGCAACCAGACGCUGGAGCAGAUCAUGAAGGUGUUUGAGUUCGACACCAUCAAAGAGAAGACAUCGGAUCAGGUCCACUUCUUCUUCGCCAAACUCAACUGUCGUCUGUACAGGAAGAAGGACAAGACCACCGAGCUGAUGUCCGCCAACCGGCUGUUCGGAGACAAAUCUCUGAUCUUCAAUGAGACGUACCAGAACAUCAGCGAGACAGUGUACGGAGCCAAACUGCUGCCGCUCAACUUCAAGGAGAACCCGGAGAAGGCCCGGGUCACCAUCAACAACUGGAUCUCCAACAAGACAGAGAACCUGAUCCAGGACACGCUGCCGGCAGGGGCUCUGGACUCCAACACGAUCCUGGUCCUCGUUAACACCAUCUACUUCAAGGGUCAGUGGAAGAACAAGUUCGACAAAGACAACGUGUACAACUCAGACUUCAGCGUCAGCGAGAGUCGCACCUGCUCCGUCAACAUGAUGUACCAGGAGACCCGGUUCAGGUACCGCUACUUCCCCGAUGACAAGGUGCAGCUUCUGGAGAUGCCGUACCGCGGAGAUGACAUCACCAUGGUGAUCAUCCUGCCGGGCAUAGACACCAAGCUCAGCAAGGUGGAGGAGAGUCUGGACCUGAAGAAACUCACUGACUGGUUGGAUCAGAUGACAGAAACCACUGUCUCCGUCCACGUCCCUCGGUUCCGGGUGGAGGACAGUUUCAGUCUGAAGGAGAAGCUGCAGGCCAUGGGACUGACCGACCUGUUCAGCUCUGAGAAGGCCAGUCUACCAGGGAUGUUGGAGGACGGCGGUGAUGGUCUCCACAUUUCAGACGCCUUCCAUAAAGCCUUCCUGGAGGUGAACGAGGAGGGCAGCGAGGCGGCGGCGGCCACCGCUGUGGUGGCAAUCGGUCGCUCCAUCAACUUAAACCGGGAGGUUUUCCUGGCCAACAGACCGUUCCUGCUGCUCAUCAGAGAGUCCACCAUCAACACGCUGCUGUUCACCGCCCGAGUGGCCGACCCCUGCAACCCUUAACACCCGUCCAAUCAUCCAAACAUUACCCAGAAUCCUACACUGAGACGCUGUAUGGAUUCAGCUCGUCCUCAUUCAGCGUCAGCAGCGUAACCUUCUCACCCAUCAGUGUGCUUACUGCGUGCUACAGUACACACACAUAAUACAGACGUUUCAUAGCUAUAUAGCAGAAUCAAUAAUCAAUAAUAAAUACUUUAAUACAGUGGAACCGUCAAUGUGCAGCUCUCUUUCAGCCAUGCAUUCAUUACUUACUAGUAACAGCUGCUGCAUUGUGGGUAACGAGUGAGUAAAGAAAGAGGCGAGUCGGUGGUGGUCGACACUUAAAGUGCUUUAUUUCCUCUGAAGGAGAUGCGACCUGUGAGUGAUCUAGUGGUCAUGGUGAAAGAAGCUUCUUCACAUUUUUCUGAACUAAUAAUCAACCUUUGGCCUCACCCCCCCCCCCCCCCCUCCACCAACAGAGACAUGCAACAGAAAAGAUCUUCACAUAAAACCUGUCCGGUUCUUCUACGACACAACUGAAGUACCUCCUCUUUAAAACAAACGUACAGUAUUAAAAGUUAAUUUACUAAA